AGUGGCUUUAUAAUCAUUUUAUAAUGAUAUGUUGAUGUUAUAUUUGGUUUAGGGAUUUAACGGUAGUACCACCAAUAUCAUAAUUAAUGGAGCAAACCAAUUAUAGUCACUUUUUAUAGCAAAAUGUAAUCUUGUAAUAUUUUUGUGAAAUUAUGGGGGGGAGUAAAAUGAAACAGUGCAUUUUUUUGGGUUUUGUGGUCGUGUCUUUAUGUACCGGUGAAGGUACAAUCGAUGAGAACACAUCGUGUAACGCGACAGGCUCAUCUCGCGUUGACUAUGAAUAUAGUUCGCAAGUUGUCGGUAGUGAGCAUAUUAUUACGUUUAAAGGAUAUUUCCCAAGAAGCACCCGCGAGAACUACGUAUCAGCCGCAUUACGAAAUGCCGGGGUGUUUAACUGGACUAUUACCCAGAGAAACAACCCAGCCAAAGAGUACCCCAGCGACUUUGACGUGAUAUUAUUGGAGGAAGGAGACAGACGAGCUCUCGACGCGCUGCGCGAUCAUCCGGCGGUGCGGCGAGUCACUGCCCAGAGGCAAGUGCAGAGGACCAUCAAAUAUGUGCAAGAGGAGGAGUGUGGGCCCGCCGGGUGCCUCUACGCUGGCUGGCGCAGCCACCGCGCGCGCGCGCUCCGUUCACUGCGGCUACCACGCGAGAAUGGAUUUACCUCCAGGAAACUCCUGCGAACCGUCCCGCGACAGAUAACGUCAGUACUGAAAGCUGAUUUACUCUGGUCUCUCGGUGUUACUGGUGAGGGUAUAAAAGUAGCCGUAUUCGACACGGGGCUUGCGCGUCACCACCCGCACUUCGGGCGCGUGCGCGAGCGUACGGACUGGACGGGCGAGAACACGCUCGACGACGCGCUCGGCCACGGCACCUUCGUGGCCGGAGUAAUAGCGUCGCGCGCCGACUGCCUGGGGUUCGCGCCCGACGCGGACCUGCACAUAUUCAGGGUGUUCACCGACAACCAGGUAUCAUACACGUCGUGGUUCCUGGACGCGUUCAACUACGCGAUCAUGCGCAAGAUCGACGUGCUGAACCUCAGCAUCGGCGGCCCCGACUUCAUGGACCACCCUUUCGUGGACAAAGUGUGGGAGCUCAGUGCUAACAAGGUGAUAAUGGUGUCAGCGAUUGGCAACGACGGGCCGCUGUACGGCACACUGAACAACCCCGCCGACCAGAUGGACGUGAUCGGCGUCGGCGGCAUCGGCUUCGACGACCGCAUCGCCAAGUUCUCGUCGCGAGGGAUGACUACUUGGGAGUUGCCUCAUGGUUACGGGCGCAUGAAGCCCGACAUCGUGACGUACGGCAGUGGAGUUCGAGGCUCUAGCGUCUCAGGCGGGUGCCGUUCGCUCAGCGGCACGUCGGUGGCGUCGCCUGUGGUGGCCGGCGCUAUAGCGCUGCUGGCGAGCGGUGUUCCCCGGCAGAGCCUCACGCCGGCGGCAGUGAAGCAGGCGCUGUGCAUCACGGCGCGGCGGCUGCCCGGCGCCAACAUGUUCGAGCAGGGCCACGGCAAGCUCGACCUCAUCAGCGCGUACCAAUUCUUGAGGGAGUACGAGCCGCAGGCGAGCCUAAGCCCACCAUACAUCGACCUGACGGAGUGCCAGUACAUGUGGCCGUACUGCACGCAGCCGCUGUACUACAGCGCGCAGCCGACCAUCGCCAACGUGACCGUGAUCAACGGGCUCGGCGUCUCCGGCCACGUGACAGAAGUGAGCUGGCACCCGCACCUGCCGCACGGGCCGCUGCUGUCGGUGGCGGCCGACUACAGUGCUAUCCUGUGGCCAUGGUCCGGCUGGCUCGCGCUCAGCUUCUCCGUGCUCGAGGGCGGCUCGGCCUUCGACGGGAUCGUGGAGGGCCAUUUGAAUGUGACAAUAGAAAGCCACGAUGAGACUGGCGAGAGCGCCAUGAGGAACGCCACGUUGAUGCUACCGAUAAGAGCGCGAAUAAUCCCCGUCCCGGUGCGUUCCCGCCGGCUCCUCUGGGACCAGUACCACAGCCUGCGGUACCCGGGCGGGUACUUCCCGCGCGACGACCUGCGCGCCAAGCACGACCCGCUCGACUGGCACGCCGACCACCUGCACACCAACUUCCGCGACAUGUACCGCCGGCUGCGAGACCACGGCUUCUACCUCGAGGUCAUGGGAACCCCGCUGACUUGCGUGGACACGUCACUGUACGGCGCCCUGUUGCUAGUGGAUCCGGAAGACGAAUACUUCCCCGAGGAGAUGGCCGCGCUGAAGAAGUCUGUCGACGCGGGACUCUCGCUCGUCGUGUUCGCCGACUGGUACAACGCUUCCCUGCUGCGGCACGUCAAGUUCUACGACGAGAACACGCGCCAGUGGUGGAUACCCGAAACAGGAGGAGCUAACGUGCCAGCUUUGAACGAUUUACUCAGCAUGUAUCAGGUGGCGCUGGGUGACCGCGUGUUCGAGGGCUCGUUCAAGCUAGGCGGGCACCCCAUGUACUACGCGAGCGGCACGCACAUCCACAGCUUCCCCGAGCACGGCGUGCUCGUCACGGCGCCGCUCACCGACCAGGGCCAGCAGAUAAUGUCCGGCGACAAGCCGGGGGAGGGCGGGACGGCGAGCGCGCGCACGGUGGACGUGCCCAUCCUGGGCCUGCUGCAGACCGACGGCGCCACCAAGGACUACACCAACCACACCGUCGACAACAUGCCCAAGGCGGGUCGACUGGUGGUGUACGGGGACUCGUCGUGCCUGGAGGGCGGCGCGGCGCGCUCCUGCCACUGGCUGCUGCUGGCCGGGCUGCAGUACGCGCUGGCCGCGCACCUGCCCGCCGCGUUGCGGGACGCAGCCGCGCCCCGCGCCCGCCAGCGCGACGUGCACAUAAUACCAUCCGAUUUGCCUAAACGCGCGUCGGGCGGGCGCCUGCACGCAUACUCGCGCGUGCUGGCCCCGGACGAGAGCGGGCCGCGGCCGGCGCCGGAGUGCCCGCGGCGCGAGCCGCUGCCCGCGCGCGCCGUGCACGCGCCGCCCGCCGCGCGCACGCUCGCGCCCCGCCACCCGCCCACCGACCCCAGGACUAUCGUGGGCGGCUCAGAGACAGAGGGCACGGAGCCGGCGGCGCGCGCGUGGCGCGGUGCGGGCGCGGCGGCAGCGCGCGGCGGCUCGGCGCCGGGAGCGCCCGCCGCGCCGACGCUCGCCAGCCGCGCGCUCACUCUACUCGCCGUCGCGGCCCUUGUCUACUGCCUCACUGCCGCCUGGAAACGCUGCGGCCGCAAACUCCGCCGCCGGAGACUCAUGUCCUUAGCCACCUAGCACAGGCACGACGAUACAACGCGGAAUAAAUUCAUCGGACGACGUUCUAACUGAGGGUGCUACCACACUCUCGUUAAGAGAGAUACGGGUAAUGACGAGCCACACUCGUAACUACUACUGAUGCAAAAACGAUGGAUGAGUGGAGUUUUGAGAUAUUUGUACUAUCUGAACACGUGAUGUACCUACAUUAUAUUGAUCACUUUAAGAAGUGAGACUAACAUGGUAGUAACGAAUAAACGAUGUCAAUUAUUGUAGGUGACAUCAAAUUCUGUUGCAAUAGAGGCCGCCACACCGCUAGUACGCUGGCGCCGCUGGUCUAUUUGUCGGUGAUACUGGAUUGUCUUUCCGUGAUGGGACCAAACUUGGAGGAACUUUUAUUGACGAGUGAGUUGUUAACGUUAGACUUCUGUGAUUUUAUAAGUGUCGGAACCCUUAAGGUGUAGAUAGAUAAUUUUGUAUAAUAUUUUUGCUGUGUAUCGGUUAAUAGUUUAUGAACUGUUGACGUUAUUGGUGUUGAAGUGUAGAUAUAGAAGAUCAUUAGACAAUUUUAAUACUUUUAAUAGAGAAUAUUUAUUGAAAUAUUAAAUAUUUGUUUGUAUGC